AUGACGCUUUACAAGUCACUGGACGAAGCAUACGAAGCGAUAGAAAGGUAUGGAAGGUACCAAGUGUUCUGUUUUGUCACUACUCAAUGGUUGGCGAUAGCUAUGGCAUCCUUUAUGUCUGUCGGGUACUAUAGGUUAGGAGGUCUUGUACCAGAUUACGAAUGUCAAGAUACUGAUAACGUCUUUUACUUAAAUGCGAAUCAAGUCAAACAUAAUCAGACAUAUGCUUGUGCCAUGGUAAAAUCGUGCAGUAACCUGACUACUCACAAUGCUUGGACUAGUAUCUACGAGGAGUUUGAGGUAAUAUCUUUGAUAUUGUUAUAGUUAUUGGUUUUGAAGAUACAUUUCCAUUUCAUACCUAAUUGUGCCAAAACAUAUUGUAUAGUAAUAGGUAUCGUAUCUUUUAGUGGGUAUGUGAACCAGACUACAUAGGAUCAAGUAUAGCAUCCUUUCAAUCGAUAGUCCACCUCUUCGGUCAUUUGUUAUCAGGCCAUUUGAGUGAUUAUUUUGGUCGCAAAUGGCUGUAUAUAUCAGGAACGUUGGUUAUAUUCCUGGCAGCCAUCACAGAAUCCUUAUCUCCAACAUGGCAACUUUACUUGGCCAUCAGUGUUACUGCCAGCCUGGUUGGUACUAUUCGAUCUAGCGCUUCGUUUCCUCUACUGGUCGAAAGUGUACACUCAAAGUAUCGUAUCAUACAAGGAUACGCUUUCCAACAUUCUUUGGGAUUUGUGGUAAGCUUAUAAAUCUAUUGUUUUCGUUUUUAAUACGUCAUGGUAUGUUAUACACCACAUCAUAGCAAGUCAUAUCUGUUAUACUAUCACACAAUAAUAUAAUUUCAGAUAGCCGGUCUUCUAGCCCAUUAUACCCAAAACUGGCGUACUCACCUGUUGAGUAUCUCUAUAUUCGCCUUACCUUCAGUAUUACUGUCUAUUUUCUUCGUGGAAUCACCACGAUACCUAAUCCAGAAGCACAAAUACAAGAAAGCAGCUGAAGCCAUGAAUCGUAUCUCCGUAUUUAAUGGAAGUAAAGUCCGAUUUACUACUGAUGACAUGAGGACUAUGCAUGCAGCUAGUGUUAGGUAUGUGUUACUUAUCUUAUGAUUACUGUAACUUUUAUUAUACCAUUAAAGCUUUAUAUUGAUGACGAUAUUCAUAUGUAAAGGGCAAUAUUAUGACUGAAAUGCAUGUAAAACAGAACUUGAUUAUUUAUAAGUUUAGCGGCCAAUCCAGACGCCGCCACUACACAGUUUGGCAUCUGUUUUCGAAUUGGCGGAUGACAUCCUGGGCCAUUUCUCAAAUGUUAACAGGUAUCACUAUGAACAUUAUGCAGGCAGUGGUAUUUUACAACAUACAAGACUUGGUACGUUUUUAAAGUUUCCAUCUGAAUUUACUUCACUUAUUUUACUCUAGUACAAUUGACUUAUUAAUUUAACCUCAGUCCGGUAAUCCUCUAACAAACGUAUCCAUCAUGGGACUACUCCGUCUCUGGACUCCGUUUGUCGCCAUCUUAUUGGAAACCAAAUACACAAACUUUGGCCGUAAACGCUUAAUGGUUACAUCUCUCGGUAUGUUCACCAUAAAACAUUGGUAUCUUACAAAAAUGUAAAAAUCCAUAAAAUAUGUUAUCAGUUUCAAUAACAACAUCAAAUCUUAUAGGCACAGUACUAAUAUGCUUCUUAUCCAUGUGUGCAAUCGAUUACUACGAACUCAACGAAAACUAUCGUAUCUUGGGAACUUCGGCCGUUCUGCUAGGUUAUGUCGUCAUGACAGGGUUUGUGUGGAUCGUAUACAAGCUAUACACUACUGAGUUGUUCCCAACUGUAGUAAGAUCAAUCGCUUUGAGUACCUUUAGUGUAGCAUCCCAGUUAGGAAGUGUGACCGGACCUCAACUUAUUUACAUCAGGGUAGGAUAUUUGUAAAUAUGCUUAUAAGGAAGUACAACUACAUUUUCUUAUAAUAUUACAUAUCUUAAAGUGUGCUGACUCUAUGUAAUAAAAAGGUGACUCAAAGUAAGAUGAUAUUGACUACUUUCAGAAAUACUGGCACUAUGCUCCGUAUCUUGGUGUAGUCUUAGUAACAACAAUGUCCCUUAUCAGUGUAAUCGUUUUCUUACCAGAGACCAAAAACGAUCCUCUACAAGAUACUGUUCACGAUGCUAAAAGGCGAAAAGAGCUACUACAAGAUGGUGAAGUCACCCACAGACUGAUCAUCAAAGACGAACAGCAACCGAAUCAGACAUUACUUUAG